CUGUGAGUGGGGAAGGGGGAAGGGAAGGACGGAAGGAAGAUGGAAGGGAAGAUGGAAGGGUAGACGGAAGGGAAGAGGAAAGGGAAGAGGAAAGGGAAGGGGUGGGGGUAGGGGAAAGAAUUGACUCUCGAAACACCCAAAAAAGAAAAAAUUUGCUGCUGUUGUCGAAUGCUGGAGGAGCUGCUUACUGGAUACUCCGAUGCUGGGAGCCGAACACUGAAGCUGGGAGCUGAUUGCCGAGUGUCCAUUGCCGAGAGUCGAAUGCCGAGAGUCGAAUGCCAGAGAGUUGAUCGCCGAGAGUCGAAUGCCGAGCGUCGAUUGUCGAGAGUCGAAUGCCGAGCGUCGAUUGUCGAGAGUCGAACGCGAUUCACAGAGGCACCUGGUACCUCAAUGCGAACCCCACCAUGGCAGACCAGACCAGACCAGCAGACAAGGCAUCCAACCGAAAGGACACUACCAUAUCUCUAUGGCGAAAACCCGAAAAGGAUUUCUCCGUCCUCUGAUCUCGCCUGAAGACCGGUUGUGACCAACACCGUUGAACGCCAGACUGGACAGCCCAAAGCAGGGACCGGUUGUAGGCAGCCAGGGGGACCACGGGAAAAAGGCUGAGACCAGGACCGACAGAGGCAAGACCAGGACCAAGGGAAGAG